ACUGAUGGUGGGCAGGAGGGUGGGGAUAACGAAGAGGAUGUAGGAUUGGCGGCGGGAUGAUGAGUACUAAACAGGUGACAUGCAGGUAUUUUAUGCAUGGGGUCUGCCGUGAAGGGAGCCGAUGUAUGUUUUCCCAUGAUUUGUCCACGAGCAAGCCAUCUACCAUCUGUAGGUUCUACCAGAAAGGACAGUGUGCCUAUGGAGACCACUGCAGGUAUGACCAUGUCAAACUUCCUGGAUCUCGAGCAGUGGGACCAGUAAUCUCGAGAGUCACCUGCGUACCUGUUGCUCAUGAUGCAGUUGCAGAACCUGCCACUGCAGAACCAACUGUACCCAUCAAGGUUACUGAAUCUGGAAGAUGUAAAAAGAAAACACUUGAACUAAAAGAUCGAGACCUUUGCAACCGAGCAGCAGAAAAAUCUAAAUUGUUUCCUUUACCACCAUCAUACUGCAACUCAACAAAGACUGCAUCGCAUUUCUCUGAACCAGCAAAAUUUGCUUAUGAGGAUAUUCCAGUGAAGCCCCCCUCUUACUUGGAUGCAGUUCGCAGUGGACUAGAUGUUUCAGCCUCAGUAUGCAGCAAUAAUUCUGCACAGCAGCUGUGUCCUUUUGCCUCAGUUGGCGAAUGUCAUUAUGGUGACAGCUGUUUAUACCUUCAUGGGGAUGUGUGUGAAGUUUGUGGACUGCAAGUACUUCAUCCUACUGACCUUGAGCAACGAAGAGCACAUGAGCAGAUGUGCCUUGUGGCAUUUGAGCAUGACAUGGAAACAGCCUUUGCUGUGCAAAAGAGUCAAGAUAAAGUCUGUAACAUUUGUAUGGAAAUAGUCUAUGAUAAAGUAAUACCAUCUGAGAGAAGAUUUGGAAUUCUUUCCGACUGUAUUCACCCAUAUUGUCUGUCCUGCAUUAGACAGUGGAGAUGUGCGAAGCAGUUUGAAAAUAAAAUAAUCAAGUCUUGUCCUGAGUGUCGAGUGGUUUCUGAAUUUGUAAUCCCUAGUGCUUAUUGGGUGGAGGAUAAAGAAGAGAAGGACCAGCUUAUUGAAGCGUUCAAGCAGGGAAUGAGCAAGAAGGCUUGUAAAUACUUUGACAAAGGGAAAGGGUCCUGUCCAUUUGGUGGAAAGUGCCUUUACCUUCACGCUUACCCUGAUGGAACAUUGGCAGUACCUGAGCAGCCGAGGAAACAGCUCAGUUCAGAAGGCAAUGUGAGGUUCCUUCACUCAGUAAGACUGUGGGAUUUUAUUGAAGAGCGGGAGCACAGGGAUAUUCCCCAAAGUACAGCUGAAGAUGAAGUAGCAGAACUUGGAGAUCUCUUCAUGCAUCUUUCAGGAGCAGAUGAGCACACUGCAUCCAAUGAGAGUCUGGCUGAUCAGCCUGUUUCUGUAGUGUUAUAAUAUGCUAUAAACUAAAUUACACCUUAACUUCUGCUGAAGCACAUGCCUGAUUCACCUAAUUGUGGAAACUUGCUUCCAAGUUGUUUGAACUAGUACUCCUAUAUAAUAGGAAUAAAUGGUACAAUGAAAUGGUUGAAUCAGAACUGUAUUUUGCAGGGUUCACUAUAUUUAAUUGUAUUUGAUUUAUUUAAAAAUUCUGAAGUGUUUUUUUUAAAGAAAAAAAAAUCACUGCAGAGCACACUACUCAGUAUAUGUUUCAGACCCCUUUUUCUGGCAUUAGCUUCUAGCUGUAAUUUUAAAAGGAAAACAUGUAACUAAUUGAUAGAGUAUACAUUAGUCAUAAAGAAAUGUGUAGCUUGUGUUCACUGUUGAAAUUGCAAAAUUUAUUCACUUCUCACCCUUUUACUUAUUUCCUAGCUCAGUUGGAUUUGUGUCAGUGCUUUGCUGAACUGGCUCCAUAUGAUGCUAUAGAGUGGUCUGGAUUUAAUUAAUUUUGACUUCUUCCCCUCCUUUGAUGCAGUACCUGACUUCUGCAUCCCAGAAUAUUGCCUACUAAUAGCAGGACUAUGUACCCACCAUCAAAGUUGUUAUCAUCCUCUUGCCAAGCCAGCAGACGGUUAAGUUGCUGACAGCCUACGGGAUCUUGCUAUUUUCCAAUCAAUUACCAGCAAUUGUAGAAGAGCAACUUAACCCUCUCCCUGGCAAUUAGACUGAAGUGAUCUGAUCAAGGUUAUAAAUCUAUUUUUUUUAAUCCAAACUUGCAUAACAAGUACGUGUGAAAAAUGUUACGUAUUGCCUUUUCUUUUAAAGUUACCUGGACAAAUGGAAGAAAAUUAAAAUAUAUUGUAUCACAGAUCAUACAAUUUGAAGUGAUUUACAAAUAAAAUAGUUUAAAUUGUUUUUUACUUAUUACUAUUUUGCUAAACAUUCUCAUUAAUCAUGUUGGACCUGAAAUGAUGUGGAUUAGUGCAGUAUUAUGAUUAAACUCAGUAAAACACAAAGUCCCAGAAUUGCAAAUAAAAUUAUUUUCACACUUAAUUAGUUCCAUUAAUUCAGUUGCCAAGAGGCAAUUUCAGUGUGAUGGGUAGUCUGUUUCAAGGAGAGGACAAAUCCGUAAUCCUGUUAUCCCAUGCUUCCUGCUGACGUGGGACAGGGUAGCUAUUCAGAAAUUGUUCACUGUCCUUCCAAAUUGUGUGUUUUGGGAGUGGAAAAAGAGAGAAACAAGGAACUAAAAAAUUCUACAAGCCAAACCUACUUUAUUUGAUGGUAGUGUUUGUAGUUUAUGUGAAAGUACUACAGCUCAAAUGUAACGUGAACUGUAAUUGAGUCACAUCAGAAAGUAGAGACUUGCUGAAGCAAUUGUGAAGGUCAGGGUUUUUCACUAACUACUCAACUUGAAAGUUAUAACAUAAAGCCUUUUAAAUUUGCAAUGUUGAAAAAGUAUUAACUGGAAUGGGGAAAGUGAGAUUCUAACGCUGAAAACUUCACCAUCUCUUACUGGUGUUUUCCCCCUCAAAAUGUAUUUCAGUGUCUACCAAAGUUAAUUUGAAAUAGUGGUAGAACUACCAUAGAUGAUUAUCUCCCCAUAAAUGAAUUCUGAGUUCUGUUGUAUCUGCCAGAUAUUGGGUAAAGUUUUGUAUUUACGAAUGCUUGUCCUUUUCCAUUUUGUAGUAGUGCUGCUUUGAAUAAAAUUUUC